AUGAGGGUGGUUUCGGCACUGGCAGACGGUCCGGCCCUGUCUUUUGUAAGUCAGCAGUACCUUAAGAAGUUGGAAAUGGACUUACCAGUGCUUCGAACCGUCGCUGGAAUGUAUUACCUAGUAGAUACCCCAACGAUCUUAACGGAACUUCCUGCAGAAAAUGAGUGCAUCAUUGUUGCAUCGGAAGAUGACCGCUUUGUUGCCGUCUGUAUGAACAAUGAAAUAUGUUUUCAUUGUCAAAAGGUAUCAUCUUUGAGUGAAGUAAUGACUCUUCUCCCGCCGCAGACCUUUGCUCUUCUUGGUAAAUACAAAUGCAAGACACAUACUAUUGAAAACUUUGGGGAUAUCUCGGACCUCUGCUGGAAUGAGACUGGUGACACUUUACUCAUGCAGACGUGUGAUGGUUACCUUAUACUGCUCAUGCUUGCGGUAACUGAUCUAGAGCCCGAGACUACAAGUGACAAGAACUUUUCCCCGCAAUUUGCCCUGGAGGUUAAAACAGUCAGAAUCCUGAAACGUAUUGGACAGGUCACAUGUUUUGUGCAUUCGGGCAAGAAAAUAAUCUCCAGCAACAGAAAAGGACGAAUUUUCUGUAUUACCUGGUCAGGUGAUACCCUCGCCAACGAAGUUAUGCAGCUGCACCAUUUGGCUGUACAAUCCGCCUUGGAGAAUACAGCAGCCACAACUUACUUGGACGCCUCAACCUAUUGCCAGCGGUUAUUUUGGACGCCAACACUAGGGGGACUUGUGUCUAUACUCUCGGAUGGCCGUGUUCUCCUCCUCUUGUUACCGCCAUCUUUUGAAUUAGAUCCUCUGAAGGUGAAAGCAGUCUGGGUUGUGGGCUUGCACAACCCCACCGCGGUCUCCGUUAACAAUCGUUUCCAAACCGUGGCUGCCGGUACUGAAAAAGGAGAUAUUAUUACCUAUCGUUUUGACGAUGCGUCCAGUUCCCCUGCAAUGCACCAAAAGUUUCCAUUACCGGAUUCCAUUAUUCACGGUAAGAGUUAUUCCCUAAGUGCUUUCAGUAGUUUUAUGCCAGAUAGCAGUUUCCGAUGUUUUUAA